AUGAGCCCCGAGAUGGAGACUAAAUUAUCGGAUACAAGCGCCUCCAAACGUCGCGUGUACGCUAAUACCAACCAUGCUCAAGUUACGUCGGUCCUCGCUGAUGGCGACGUGCCAUUUGCGGACCAUGACAUGGAUGCCGACGAGCGGGUGAUCGUGGCUCUGGGUUAUAAGCAGGAGUUUAAGCGUGAAUUCUCCCUGUGGACAACCUUCUGUGUCAGUUUUGCUGUUCUCGGUCUGUUGCCGUCAUUCGCGAGUACAUUGUACUAUGGAAUGGGCUAUGCAGGAACCGCAGGCAUGGUGUGGGGAUGGAUCGUUGCUAUGGUUUUUAUCCAAUGUAUUGCCAUGUCAAUGGCUGAGCUUUGUUCGGCCAUGCCUACGAGUGGCGGUCUUUAUUACGCGGCAGCAGUACUCGCACCUCCCGGAUAUGGUCCUCUCGCUGCUUGGUUGACUGGAUGGUCCAACUGGAUUGGACAGAUUACGGCAGCGCCAUCGGUGGACUAUGCGCUGUCUGCGAUGAUACUAGCCGCCGGGUCUAUCAGCAAUCCCGACUAUGUCCCAACCACUUGGCAGACCUUCCUGCUGACUGCAUUGAUCAUGGUUAUCCACGCGGCGAUCAGCAGUAUGCCCACGAAGCGCGUGGCUCAAUUCAACUCGUACGGUUCGACGUUCAACAUUAUCGCGCUCAUUGCCACUAUCAUCGUCAUUCCCGCUGCAACCAAGAACGAGCCCAAGUUCACUCCCUCAAAGGAAGUCUGGGGAAACAUCACAAACCAGACUGACUUCCCCAGCGGCGUGGCAGUACUCAUGACCUUUGUCGGCGUCAUCUGGACGAUGUCCGGCUACGACUCACCUUUCCACCUGAGCGAGGAAUGCUCCAACGCCAACAUCGCCUCCCCACGCGCAAUCGUGCUAACAUCCGGCGUCGGUGGAGUGAUGGGCUGGUUCCUCCAGCUUGUAGUAGCCUAUACGGUCGUGGAUAUCAGUGCAGUUGUCGACUCGGACCUAGGCCAGCCCUGGGCAUCCUAUCUCCUCCAGGUGCUACCUCAGAAGGCAGCUCUAGGUAUCCUCGGGUUAACCAUCGUCUGCGGCUUCUCCAUGGGUCAGGGAUGCAUGGUCGCCGCGUCGCGGGUGACAUACGCCUACGCACGAGACGAUUGCUUCCCGCUCUCGCGCCUCUGGAAACAAGUCAACCCGUAUACACAAACCCCCGUCAACGCGGUGAUUCUCAACGCCGUACUGGGAAUUCUAAUGUGUCUGCUCAUUCUAGCUGGCAACGUCGCGAUCGGCGCGCUGUUCUCGAUCGGCGCCAUUGCUCAAUUUGUCGCGUUCGCAAUUCCCAUUUUCAUCCGUGUCUUCUUCGUGGGUCAUCGCUUCCGAAAGGGACCGUGGCAUUUGGGUCCGUUUGGUCCAUAUAUUGGUGGCUUGGGCGUUGCCUUUGUCACGCUGAUGGUGCCUAUCUUGUGUCUGCCGAGUGUCACGAAGGGGGAUUUGACGCCCGACCUGAUGAAUUGGACCUGUCUGGUGUAUGGUGCACCGAUGCUAGCUGUGCUGAUCUGGUGGGUGGUCGAUGCGCGCAAGUGGUUCACUGGGCCCAAGGUUAAUGUCGAGCAUUCUAUGCAUCCGGUUGUUAGUGAGGGCAUGGAGCCUGAGGAGCAAACGGAGGCAGAGCUAACUACGACCUCAGCAAAAUCCGCUGAGGAUAAGUUGUAA